CAGCCAUGAACCGGCUGGGGAAGCGCGGGGCCGAGACUCUCAUCGAGCUGUCCGAGACGGCCGACGAUAACAUUGCAGUUCUCAUCAAGUUCAAGCCAACAAAUCCAGAAGGGGAGGAACCAAAUGGACCGCUCUACGAAACACAUUCAAACACAGAAUCAGAACUUCCAGGCAGCAACUCUGAGGGCCUAAGCAGCACUGAGACUACUUUACUCAUCUCUGAUCAUCAAGGGACUGCAAAGAAAUAUAAUCUGUUCCUGAAGCGGCGUCUCAUGUUUGACAAACGUCAACAAAGCAAGGAUUCUGUUUUCUUCAGGGAUGGAACACGACGCAUAGACUUUGUACUUUCUUAUGUUGAUGAUCCAAAGCAGGAAGGGGAGAAAAAGGUGGAAAGAAGAAGAGAAUUUGAAAAAAACCUUUUAAAGGCUGGCCUGGAGUUGGAAACUGAAGACAAAAAGGAUUCCGAAGAUGGCAAAACGUAUUUUGUCAAGAUCCAUGCCCCCUGGGAGGUGCUGGCCACCUACGCUGAGGUGUUGAACAUUAAAAUGCCUAUUCGGGAAAGCGAUCUUCCCCCAACCAAGGAAAACCCCCUGGAAUGUAUCUCCGAGCCCUUUCGGCUGCCAGAGAAAAUCAUGCAUCCUGAACUCGAUUACUUCACAGCCCCAUUCAGCAAACAGAAGCAAGAACUCUUCAUCAUUGAAGAUGAAAAUAGUUUCUUUCUGCCCUCAACAAGGAACAGAAUUGUUUACUAUAUUCUAUCACGGUGCCUUUAUGGUACAGAAGAAGGGAAGAAGAAGUUUGGGAUUAAAAGACUGUUGUCCAAUGGCACCUACACUGCUGCUUACCCACUCCAUGACUGCCAGUACUGGAAGAAAGCAAAGGAUCAAAAUUCUAGCAAUGAAAGAUAUACACUGUACACAGAAUGGGCUCGGUUUUUACGAUUUUACAAAGAGCAACCUUUAGAUCUUAUUAGGCGAUACUAUGGGGAGAAAAUUGGCAUUUAUUUCGCCUGGCUGGGUUUCUACACAGAGAUGCUGUUCUUUGCAGCAGUGGUUGGCGCAAUCUGCUUUUUCUAUGGCUUAUUUACAAUGGAUGAAAAUAUGAGCAGCAAAGAAAUCUGUGACAGUAACAUUGGAGGGAAGAUCAUCAUGUGCCCUCUGUGUGAUGAGAAAUGUGAACCCUGGAGACUAAAUAGCACAUGUGCAUCCUCUGAGUAUUCCUAUUUAUUUGAUAAUGUGGCAACGCUGUUUUUCGCAAUAUUCAUGGGAAUUUGGGUCACACUCUUCCUGGAGUUCUGGAAGCGACGACAAGCCAGGCUAGAAUAUGAAUGGGAUUUGGUUGAUUUUGAAGAGGAGCAGCAACAGCUCCAGUUGAGACCAGAGUAUGAAGCAAAGUGUAGCCAAAAGAAAAAGAAUCCAGUGACUCAGGAGAUGGAGCCUUAUUUGCCUCUAACUAGUCAGGCUCUGCGGUUCUGCUUCUCGGGAGCUACAGUAUUGUUCUGGAUCUCUCUGAUUAUAGCCAGCAUGAUAGCUGUGAUUGUAUACCGCCUUGCAGUUUAUGCUGCUUUUGCUCGCUUCAUGGAAAAUGCACAGACUCUCAAGCCCAUCCAAGGGUUGUUGACUCCCCAACUGGCAACAUCAGUCACUGCAUCGUGUUUGAACUUUGUCAUCAUCAUGAUCCUGAACUUUUUGUAUGAGAGAAUAGCAAUCUGGAUUACAGAUAUGGAAAUUCCUAGGACACAUCUAGAGUAUGAGAACAGACUUACCAUGAAGAUGUUCCUCUUCCAAUUUGUCAACUAUUAUUCGUCCUGCUUUUAUGUGGCUUUCUUCAAAGGGAAGUUUGUGGGCUACCCAGGAUCCUAUACAUACAUGUUUAGCCGUUGGAGAAAUGAAGAGUGUGAUCCCGCAGGGUGCCUGAUAGAACUGACCACCCAACUCACCAUCAUCAUGGCUGGAAAACAGAUAUGGGGAAAUAUUCAAGAAGCUAUUGUUCCGUGGGUUUGGAACUGGUGGAGACGCCGUAAAGCAAGAACCAACUCUGAGAAGUUGUAUAGCCGAUGGGAACAGGAUCAUGAUCUUCAGAGCUUUGGAGCCUUGGGGCUGUUCUAUGAAUAUCUGGAAAUGGUCAUCCAGUUUGGAUUUAUUACACUCUUCGUCGCCUCCUUUCCUUUGGCUCCACUUCUUGCUCUUAUGAAUAAUAUUUUGGAGAUUCGAGUGGAUUCCUGGAAACUCACCACACAGUACAGGAGACCUGUUGCUGCAAAAGCCCAUAGCAUUGGUGUUUGGCAGGAAAUUCUAAAUGCAAUGGCUAUCUUGUCUGUUGUGACUAAUGCCUUCAUUGUCGCCUUCACAUCAGACAUGAUCCCUCGCCUAGUUUACUACUAUGCCUACUCAGUAGAUAAAGAUUCCCCUAUGGCUGGUUACAUUAGCAACAGCCUCUCAGAGUACCAGAUACCAACUGUGGCAAACAGCACCAUAACCUCCAACACAUCAGUCACGUAUUCCAUUUGCAGGUACAGGGACUACCGAUAUCCACCCAAUCAUGAGAAGAAAUAUGAGCACACAAUGCAGUUCUGGCACAUCCUUGCUGCUAAGAUGGCUUUCAUCAUUAUAAUGGAGCACAUUGUGUUCCUGGUCAAAUUCUUUGUGGCCUGGAUGAUCCCUGAUGUCCCAGAAGAGGUGAAAGCCAGAAUCAAAAGGGAAAAAUUCCUAACCAUAAAGAUCCUUCAUGAAUAUGAGCUCAACAAACUAAAGGAAAACCUGUGUGAGAGGCGGAAUUGUCAAGAUAUAGAGAAGGAAGUUAUGGCCACUGAAGGGAAGGUGGAGUUAGCAGCAGUGAUGGGAUAACCAAAGGAGCACACUGGUAGAUGGCUGCCUGGGCUACCUGCAGUCCUCUUGCCCUAGGAAUGUGCAAGCUGUAUGUCAGUUUGAGUUCUUCAGUUUUUCUAUCCAAAGAUUUUAUCCACUUUUAUAGAUGUCACUUGUCCUGAGCUCUGCAACGACGGAAGCUGUUGCCACUUCUCUGAUUGACUGCUCACUCUCACAAAUCAUUGUUUUAUAGUUUUCUGUUCAUCUAAAUGACGGUCAAAUCUUAUGUCAAGUCAAAAAUCAUGUAUAACACUGCAGUUUAAUCUUUUGGGGAUGGAUAGCCAUUCAGCAUCCAGACUGUAUGCAUGUUUUUACAGGCUUUGUCUUAUGUGUUGUCUUCCCACAACUCCUUUCCUUCAAUAAGAAAUACAUGGGGGUUGAAAGCAAAGAGAACAAACUUCCUUUUAUACAUUCAGGCCCAGCAGCUAUGCAUCAAUGAAGAGCCUAAACCAGUGUGUUUUCUUAUGGCAUUUGUUAAGCACUUACUGUGUGCCAGGCACUGUACUAAGUGUUGGUGUUGAUACAAGCUA